AUGAAGCUCUCAGUCGUAUUCAUUGCCUCCGUUUACCUUGCUAUUCAGGUGGCUUCGGUCCCUGUCUCUAAGCGAACAUACGAGACCACGCCUGCCUGUACUUGCGGCGGCUCUGACGUCGCUCUAUCUUCGUCAUCUUCGGCCAACUCCUCAUCUUCGUCUUCAUCCUCCGCUAGCUCGCAGUCCAACAAUUCAGGUUCAACUUCUUCUAGCUCCACAUCUUCAACUACGGAUCAUGGUUCAAGUGGAAGUGGAAGUGGGUCAUCCACGACAACUUCGUCUGAGGAGUCUUCAUCCUCCAAUAACUCCUCGUCUUCCGCUGCGUCAAGCGAUAAGUCUGCUUCGUCUUCCAGCACGUCGUCAUCGACUAUCGGCGGUGGAUGCAAGGGCAAGGUCACCACGACUACAUCCGAGUCCUCAUCUUCUAACGCAUCCUCCUCUGAGUCCGCUUCCGCGGCAGCUUCUUCUUCAUCUGCUGGUUCCUCGUCAUCGAGCACGUCCCAUGGAGCAGACGGGAAGUCCACUACCACUUCGUCGAAUGUAAGCUCAGUGAACGAGUCCUCCUCUGCAUCGUCCUCUGCAGAAGAUUCGUCAGCAUCCUCGAGCGCAUCAUCGUCUUCCAACACCUCUUAUAGCGGGGAUGGAAAGUCUGCUACUUCUUCGUCGGUAUCGGGCUCCUCGUCGAGUGAGUCAUCUUCUGCUUCUUCAUCUGCAGAGGAAUCAUCCGCCUCGUCAACCACUUCGUCUACUACCACUUCCCACGACAACAAUGGCGGCAAUUCUUCAUCCAGUUCCUCGUCCUCAUCCUCGUCAAAUGAGUCUUCAUCUUCAUCGUCGUCCUCCGAAGAAUCAUCAUCUUCGUCCUUCUCUUCCGGCGCGUUUGAGAUCGCCGUUCCAUCCUCAUCCCCGCUCUCCUCUCCCUCCUGUACCACCUUACCCGUGCAGGUCACUUCCUCAGCCCCUUCGUCGUCCGCAGCCCCCGUCCAUACCCCCGCAACAACUUCCAUUCAUACCCAACAGGUGUCCACGACAAAGCCCGCCACAACCAAGGCCGCUGUGACGACCGCGAAACCCAAGACGACCGCAGCAAAGACUACCGUGGCGAAACCCAAAGCCACCGCAUCCACUUGCGCCGAUCCCUCCAAGGCAGUCUUCCUCCAACGCGCAUACAAGACCUCUGAUCACUUCUACACCACGAACACUGCGGAGAUGACGAACGCCGUGACUAAGCUCCAUUUCAGGAAGGAAGGGCACCAGGGCCGCGUCUUCACCUACUCCGUCAAGGACACCGUUCCACUCUUCCGUCUGUACAGCCAUGGGGCCGAUGAUCACUUCUACACGACUUCGGCGCCUGAGCGCGAUAAUGCGGCGGGACGGCUUGGGUAUAAGAACGAGGGAGUGGCGGGACAUCUGUACGCUAAGCAGAUCUGCGGCAGCGUCCCGUUGUAUCGGCUGUAUAGCCCCCACGCGAAGGACCACUUCUACACAACCUCGCUGCACGAAGCGAACGCCUCCGGGUAUCAGAUGGAAAGUAUUGUUGGCUACGUUCUCCCCAACUAA